GUGUGAGAAUAGCAAUCGGUGGAGAUUGAUCCCUUUCUUUGUUUAGCUGGUGGUGGUGAAGAAACACGGGAGAGUAGCGGUACACCGUAUAUUGAUACAUAUUAUUAGCUGAAAAUUAUAAGGUGAAGAAAAAAAAAGGGGUUUGAAGUAUUGUUGUUCGAUUCCUUGUUUCCUCUACCAAGAGUGUUUCUUCUCCGGAGUAAAACAAUGACAACUUCAAAGAGGCUCGCAGACAGGAAGAUUGAGAAAUUUGACAAGAACAUCACCAAAAGAGGCUUUGUUCCCGAGACCACCACAAAGAAGGGUAAAGAUUACCCCGUUGGACCCAUCCUCCUCGGCUUCUUUGUCUUCGUCGUCAUUGGCUCGUCUCUCUUCCAGAUCAUCAGGACUGCAACUAGUGGAGGCAUGGCAUAAGAACCUAAUCAUCAUUCAAGCUAAGAAGAAUCCAUUCUCAAUAUGAUAAUCUCUCUCGUCUCUUUUUCCCUUUCUUUAUACUACUUGUAGAAUGUGUCAACUUUGUAUUUACUGCAAGUUAAUGUUAUCAAGAAUAUCUUCUUUAUGUUA